AUGAUCGGCCACUCAUCCGGUGAACUUGCUGCUGCCUAUGCAGCAGGACUAAUUUCCGCGGAGAGUGCAAUUGUUGCGGCUUAUCUACGGGGAGUCCAUGCUACUCGGACACAGGAGCCGGGGGCUAUGAUGGCUGUGGCUAUAGGGCCAACGGAUGCUGAGGAUCUCCUCGUGGAGCAGGGUAUCCCUCCCGAAGAUGUUUGCGUUGCUUGCAUAAACUCUCAACAUAGCGUCACGCUUAGUGGGAAGUCGCAGUCUAUUGAUAUCCUACACAGUGUCCUGAAAGCACGCUCUGUGUUGUGCAAGAAACUAGCUACCGGGGGAAAAGCUUAUCAUUCUCCUAGUAUGAGGUCAGUCGGCUCAGGGUAUAGUGACGCCAUUAUGGAAGCUGCUGAAGUGCCAAACGGCCUCAAUGGUACGAACCAACAACCCAACGGCUAUGGUUUAGUCGCCCCUUUGAUCGCCACUAUUAACUCCGCAGCAGGAUGCCACUCGGCCGUUAACCAAGGAGAUAAGGCUGAUACUGAUUCCAGGCCUGUGAUGAUUCCCUCGGUUACUCUAGAGCCUCUUCGACCAUCCGAAAUCUCGGGUGCCUACUGGCAGAGAAACCUGGAAUCUCCAGUUUUGUUUGAUCCGGCUUUGAAAUGCCUAUUAGAACAUACAUUUGGACGUGAAAACCGAAAUGUGGAUUGUCUGAUAGAGAUUUGUCCGCAUAGUGCUCUGAAGGGGCCCAUCAAUCAAAUCAUCAGCUCUCCAGAGGUAACUGAAAUUUGGAAAUCCAACCUCGGAACUACGCCAAAGAUAUCAUACGAGUCUACACUUGAAAGACACCACAGUGCUGAGAACGACAUGAUGAGACUCGCAACGAGCCUUUUUAUAAAAGGUUGCUCAAUUGAUAUGCGUCAAGUCAAUGGCCAAGCUUACUACCGGCCGGAAAAGCCUCUUGUUGGCCUACCGAUGUAUCACUGGAACCAUACCAACCCACAUCCACUUAUUGUUACCCGUGCGACUAAGGAUUAUAAGUUUGCUACCCAUCCGAGGUAUGAUUUGAUUGGAAGUAGAUUGCCAGGCAACAACCGACUAGAGCCGAUCUGGCGAAAUAACCUCCGCUUGAAAGACGUACCUUGGAUUAAAGAUCACGUCAUUGGCAAUGCGGUUAUUGUCCCUGGAGCGGCGUAUAUUGCCAUGGCUAUAGAAGCUGCUGCUCAGUUUGCUGAAGAUGCGACUCUUGGUGGCCCGCCUUUCGAGUUUGAGGACGCGAAAUUUCACUUACACACUGUGGCUGUCAAGACUGCACUGGUUAUCGGAGCCAGUGGGACAGCAGACAUUAUGAUCAACUUGCGACCGACUGAUGCUUCAGCUACGCAUAACCGGUUCGAUUUUAAAAUAUGUUCUGUGACUGAUGAUCAAUGGACCGAACAUGCUAAUGGGUCCAUUUCCUACGAAAUCAUGCACGGUAAGCGGACUAUGAAAUCCUCUUUUGCCAAUGAGACAGCCGAUCCCAUUUUUGAAGAGAUGAUUGGUAAAGAUGCAUGGUAUGAUCGUCUAAGGUAUCGAGGCUUCGAUUUUGGACCUUUCUUUCGGGUUAUAGAUGAACUUGAGAUUCUACGCUAUGAAUCUCGCGCUCGCGCCAAAGCCCCUAUUCUGAGGACUAUGGCUAAGGAUAGCCCCCAUGAAUCUCGGUAUGCUGUUCAUCCCUUAACAAUCGAUGCAGUACUACAGGGCCGUGUUGUUGCUGUUUAUAACAGCCGGGCAGAUAAGGAGGCAACCCAAAUUCCCGUGUUUGUGGAGGACAUGGUAAUCUACCCUGCUUCUUGGGCAAAAAAUCAGACUGGUAUCAUUGACAGUGUUGCCUGGACCGAGGGUGCACGGAGUGGUGGUUCUCACUCUAGGCUAGUAACUGAGGACGGCUAUGAGAUCAUUUCCACCAAGCAUGUCAGAUGGCGUCAAUUCGAAAACCAGGGUAGCCAAGAAAAGUUGGCUAAGAGUACUGCUCGAGAGCCAUACUACCGACUACAUUGGAAACCAGAUGUUGAUUUUCUGGAUUCAGAGAAAGCCACUGGCUUGUAUCACAGCGAUUUCAAGUCCCCCUUGGGAAUUAAAUACCUCGAUGAAAUCCACAACAUUCGUAUUCGCCUGGAGACAGUGACUGUCCUUUACAUAUACAAGGCCCUUGAACUUAUUAGCAAAGAAAGCCUUCCCUCGGAUCCCUCAUUACGAUGGAUUCACGGGUACUAUGAUUGGAUGCAGCAUGUUCGGGCUGAGGCUGCAGCUGGUAAGAUGGUACUUUGCGAUAAUGAUGCCACAAAACUUACCCACGAUAUGCGAGAACGUCGAAUUGAGACAUUGCUAUCGGAGCUACCUUCUAAUUUUCCCCAGCUAGAAUAUAAUACUGUGGUGAUGAAAAAUAUGACCGGAAUUUAA